GUCUCUUUCCCAGUCUUUUUGAUAUCUUCUUUAAAAGCUCCCAUUCAUAUCCGGGGUCUUUUUUCUUAUAAAACUUCAUCUUACUCUUUUGUCCUCUGCUCUCUUUGGUUUUGCUUUCCUGCUAGUGCUAGUGCUAGUGCUAGUGCUGCUGCUGCUGCUGGUAAAAACUUCAUCUUUCUCUCUUCUUCUUCUUCUUUGUCUUUGAGAUGGGAACGGGGUGGAGGAGAGCUUUUUGUACGUCGGCACGGCGAGAGUCGCCGGCGGAGAAGCAGCAGGUGAGCCCAAGUCCAAGUCCAAGGAGUUGUACGAAGCUAGGUGGGUUGUUUUCCUCGGUUAGUAACCCGUCUACUCCGAGGUUGAUACAACAACCUGAGUCGGCUGUGUCGACGCCUACACUCCGGUGCCGGACUAGAUCUCCACCUCCACCUCCGCCUCCUGCUGCUUCGGUUGAUGAACCGAAGCUGCAAUGCAAGACGAAGCUGAAUCCGAUUACGCCACCGACGUUUAACAUUAGACUCUCUGCUGCUUCUCCCAACCCUUCUUCUCCUAUUUCGCCUUCUAGAUUCGCUCUCUUUAAGGCCAGUCUUCGUCUUUCUCGGAAUAGGUGCGGGAUCUGCGCGCAGAGUGUGAAGAAAGGACAGGGAACUGCUGUUUUCACGGCGGAGUGCUCACACUCUUUCCACUUCCCCUGCAUCUCAUCUCAUAUACGAAACCAUGGCUGUCUUGUUUGCCCGGUUUGCUCUGCAACCUGGCGUCAAGCUCCCUUCCUCUCCUCUUUGCCCCAGAUGAAUAAUUCCUCAGCUUCAGAACCAGAACAGGGGAAUGCCGAGCAUGGCAGAAGAAACAGGGAGGACAAAUCUUGCAGCGUGGAAGCACCAAAAUCCAAGCUUUACGACGAUGAUGAGCCUCUGCUUCUCUCCUCACCCGGCUGCGCUGGAGGUGGUGGAGCUGCUGCCGGUGGUUCACGGUUUGUUCCCAUACCAGAAGCAGACGAUGAGGAUGAUGAUGGUGAGUUUCAGGGCUUUUCAGUCACGCCCACCAGCACAUCACCCAGAUCGCCCCACCCGGCUGCUGCUGCUGCUGCUGUUGCUGCUGGUACUGUGGUUGGUGUCGAUGUGAGUGUGGUGCCAGUGGCCGCGCUAGUGGCGAGAGGUCGGAGCCACCAGAACUAUGUGGUUGCGCUCAAGGUCAGAGCACCACCAACGACAGCAUUGACAUCGUCGGCGUCCUUCCCCAACCCAUCACAGCGAGCGCCCAUAGACCUGGUCGUCGUGCUGGAUGUGAGUGAUAGCAUGACAGGUCCGAAGCUAUGCAUGCUGAAGCGAGCCAUGAGGUUACUCAUCUCCUCCCUUGGCUCUGCUGACCGGCUUGCUCUGGUAGCUUUCUCAUCCUCUGCUAAAAGGCUACUCCCACUUCGCCGGAUGUCUCCUCAAGGCCAGCGCUCAGCUCGUCACAUCAUUGAUAGAUUGGUCAUCUCCCCCAACAAAGGCCAGGGACCAAGGUGCGUCAGUGAAGCUCUGAGGAAGGCCACCAGAGUUUUAGAAGAUCGCCGGGAACGUAACCCAGUAGCCACUGUCAUGCUUCUCUCUGACGGCCAACAGGGCGAUGAAAACAAAGACAACACCCACCGCCGCCACCAGCACCAACACCACCCAACGUCUGUUCCUACUCGCUUUGCACAUCUGGAGAUCCCAAUUCAUGACUCUGGAUUUGGUGAUGCUUCUAAGCAACAACAGGAGCAGCGAAACCAUAUUGGUGGUGCUGAGGAUUCCUUUGCCAAAUGUGUGGGUGGAUUACUGAGUGUGGUCUUGCAAGAUGUGCAUCUCCAGUUGCUCUUUCCAUUGGGGGAGGUAUCUGCUGUUUAUUCCUUCGGUGCUAGUGGUGAGCGUGCCGUGGCUCUCGGUGCCGGUAACUCAAUCAGACUCGGUGACUUAUACGCCGAGGAAGAAAGGGAAUUGCUUGUUGAAUUGCGAGUGCCGACAUCUGCAGCAUCUCAUCUAAUGCACCACCAUAAUCACAUGUCUGUGAAAUGCAGCUACAGAGAUACGGCCACACAUGAACUGAUUCGCAGCGGAGAACGCCACAUCCAGCUCCCUCCUCUCCAACACCGCCCGUCCACAGCCACUGUUGCAGUGGAGGAGCAACUUAGAAAUCUAUUUGUCACCACUAGAGCAAUUGCAGAAUCACGGCGGCUUGCCGAACUCAAUGACCAUGCAACUGCAAUUCAUUUGCUCACUUCAGCUCGCUCAUUACUAUUGCAAUAUGCUUCAAUCUCCGCAUCAUCUGAUCAUGAAAGCCUUCUGCGGAGUUUAGAAGCCGAGAUGGCAGACAUCCAAUUGCGCCGCCACCACCACAACCAGCAACAGCAGCUGCAAUUGUCUUUGUCACAGAGACGGAGAAGAGAGCGGAGAGAAUCAGCCCCUCCGUCUUCAAGUGAUGGUGCUGAGCCCUUGACUCCAACUUCAGCUUGGCGUGCAGCCGAGCGGCUUGCCAAAGUCGCCAUUAUGCGGAAGUCAUUGAACCGGGUUAGUGAUCUCCAUGGAUUCGAGAAUGCCCGGUUCUAAUCGACAACUAUCGGAACCAUUCAUAUACAUAAUUAGAUUUUGAACUAUCACAGAUGGAAGUAAUAGAGUCUUCUUUUGUAAAAUGUUUGGUUCUGUUCAGAUGCUGUAUAGAUAUCUGCUUUGUAAGUUGCCAGAGUGAGUUUGUGCUUUGAAACAUUGGUAUAGUUUAGUGUUUGUGGCUAGUAGUAAGUAGUAACAUACACUCAUCAUCUGAGCCUCUCAUGUUAUGGUUUGUCAUCUUGCUUGUGUGGCUCAGUUUGUGAUAUAUAGAGGAGAACUGGAGGCUCAAUUUGAUGUGGGUUUAGUCUUUGUUUCAUCUGUUGGUGCCAUCUGAGAUUCAUUUGUUUGAAGCUUUGAAUUGAGAGACUUUAUUUCCUUCUUCA